AUGGCUGAUAGCUCGCCGCCUCCUGCAGCCACCCACAACUCGCCUCGCACAUGGCUUUUGACAGCUGCAUUAUCGCCGCUUGCGGUGCGACUCAUUCGACAGCUCCUCGCCCAUGGUGAUUACGUUGUCGCAUGCCUCCCUCCUCAUGAGAUCGAAGACGACGAUCGAAGCGCCGAAUUUCGCGAUCUCAUCAGCGAAUGCAAAAGCACCCGGAAGGAUCGCGAAGGUUGGAAGAACAGGAUUCGAUCCAUUCGCUGUGAUGGACGCGCUAUGAGCGGCUGCGGGGCAGCUAUCGACGAGGCAGUACAGGUCUUUGGCCGAAUCGACAUUCUACUUUGCUGCAAGUCAGAAGCUGUGAUUGGAACAGUCGAAGAGCUUUCCAAUACUCCCGGCACCCAGAACCUCGUCCGAGACCAAUUCGAAACCUUGUUCUUCUCUCAGGUCAACUUCAUCAAAGCGGCAUUGCCUGUCUUCCGGAGCCAGCAUACAGGUCACAUUAUUGCGCUGACGAGCAUCGGAGGCCACAUUGGUACCCCUGGCAUGUCCAUCUACACCGCGGCCACGUGGGCAUUGGAGGGCUUUUGCGAUUCGCUGGCGUACGAAGUUGCCCCGUUCAACAUUAAAGUGACAAUCGUACAGCCGAACAAGGAGAUCCAGUCCCUGACGAAUCGCAUCACUUUCGCACCACAGAUUGCAGCCUACGCGCCAAACUAUACUCCAGCACCGAGCAUUCGCGACAUGCUCGUCAAUGUGCUCAAUGCAAACCCCGGAACUGUAAUGCCGCCUGGCCUUGACGUGCCCGACUCUCCGACUACGCCCGAGGCCGACUUGGAGUCCAUCUCGCUGGAACCGGAACUUGGCGUCGGUGAAAUUUUGCACCGGUAUCCAGCACUCCCGCAUGCUGCGCUUGAAAAACUGGUCGCGGAAACAGUCCAUGCUCUGACGGCAAUUGGCGGACACGAGAACCCUCCCUCAAGACACAUUGUAGGGACAGAAGGCGCUCUUGCUGUGCAGGAGAAGCUCAAGACGAUUGUGGAAGAAAUGGAAGACUUUGUAGACGCGAGCCUUGCUGUCGAUAUCUUCGAGAGCGAGCUGAACAAGGAGGCACGUGAACGACGGGUCACAAUUGAAUCGCAAGAUCCAGGACCCCCAUCUGCGUGA